CUGGAUUGCCGUCGCAGAAUUUCGUGUUACAUUGACGAGGGCGUCGUCACAUCGGCAAAUCACUCUGAACUACUCCGUGUGCCUUGCGCCGACAUUUUACCACAUUAAAGGUGUCGCUGUUCGUCAUUCACGUGCACCUUUCGGUGACUUCACGAAGCAGACACUCCAGAGCUUCUCGUCGUGCCAUUUUCUCGAAACUCAUCGGCGUUCCGAAGCAACAGCGGCGGCACACAGGACGUUGAGGAAUUGGAGCUUCUCGCGAUUGCACCAGUUCACUUUUUUUGCCAGCAGUUCCGUGAGUCCCCCCUGAAGUAUUUCCCGUCUGUUUUCGUCCAGUGCACAUGGAAGCGUUAGUGGACAGUCUGGGGGCGUCUCCGAAAUACAUACUGUGGGAUGCGAUUGCAAAAGCUUCAGAGAGCGCACGCCCACCUUAUUGGGAAGUAUCUGGAUUUUUUGAGGAGGAAACGAAAAGCAAUCGAUGUUGCGUAGAACGCCUUUUAGACUUCCGAGACUAUGAAUCGCCACCUGCCACAUGGCCAGAGCGAUGUUCACCGAUCCUUGGGGCACCCUCUAUGACUUCCGUGCCCAACAUCAUAGCCGAUAUGGUGGCCAUUGCUCAGUUGAAACAGUGUCCACCACAUCUGAUGUUUCCUGCAAGCUGCGGCGGAACUUAUUGGAACGGAAAGAACGCUGAGAGCAUUGUUGGCAGUGAGGACCUCAUUUCGGCAAGAGUGAACGCAAGUUCCCGCUACAUUCAUGUUCGACUCCAGGGAAUGAAGUUGAAUCAUCGUUACUUCGUCUCCUUCAAUAUGCAGCUGUGUGGCGAUACAAGCGAUCCAGACCAUGACGUCGCGAGUUAUGUUGUACCUCAGCCAAACCUGCUCGACGGUUUGGGUUGGACAAACAGCCCACUGUCCCUUGACUUGACUGUACUCUACGAGAAGAACCCGUUGGUUCCGGUCUGCACGAAUGCUGAAGAUUGCGGCGACGCCCGAUACAAGAUUACUGUUCGCAUUCUCCAACUGUCUGACGACUUCUGGCCAGCCGGUGUGAAGCCCGUCCUGAUUACUCUGAAAGAAGGCCCCCUCGUGGAUAUUCUGUCGGCCAGACAGCAAAGAACGAAGCGACCAGAAGUGUUUCCAUUUGGAAUGCAGGACGUCACAUGUCCGAGUGACCACCCAGUGGUCUCAGACAUGUCAUUCAUACCAUACAGCUUCUCGUCGUUGGAGUCCCGCAACCGCUACCAGUGGCCGGAAGAAGCCUGCAUGCCAGUCGCGCGUGUUCUGGAUUCAUCGCGUGAUUUUGUGCAAGAACCGACCCCGCAGUUCCGUACCCGCGAAGCAUCGCAGUCGGAACUUUUCGAGAACUUCGUCAGGGCCAGCUUCUUGUCUGAAGCUGCGUCCAGCAACCACCACGUCACUGUGGACAGAGGUCGCACAAACUUCUUCCGAGACCUGGAUGGCGAGGCUCUCCUGCGCCAGUUACACCUGCGCCAGCGCCAUCCUCCAGCCACGCCACCUGGCGAGAGCCACUGUCAGCAGUGCUGUGGCAGUCUUGGUGACGGUGGGCAUCACGCUAUGCUAGAUGAUACGGGCAUUUUCGAGGAAAAUUAUCUCAACGGGAGCUAUGCUUGCCCGUCUGCAGACGCUAUAUUUCUCUAGUACUAUUUUAGAUAGUUUUAGCAUUUGAAUCUGUAUUUAGCGUGGACAUAUCUAUAACUUACUUUGAAGUUUGGUUUAGUUUGAAUAUUAUUUAGUUUUAUUCGUUUACUCAAGUUUUUGGCGAUAAAUAUUAGUGCGCUUAGAAGUCGGUGUUAAGUAAAAAUCCAGCACUGGAAUGCGUGAGUGAUUGCGUACGCAAUGUAUCUGCAGUUCAUUUUCGAAAACAACCGCUCAUAUGUGGUUUAACUACUAGAAGCAGCGUUGCUGUAUCAAUAAUUUGAUGGUCAAGUUCACGUGCUUAAAACUCCACUUCAUGCUGAAAAUCAGCCAGUAAGUUUGUGUGCCGGGUGCUUAAUGAUCGCAUGCUUAGCAUCAAAGCCCCGCUCACUUGGCACCAAAGCGAAUUUACUCCUGCAGCAACCAAACUCGAUAUGUGCAGUUGUCUUAUAUGUUCACUUGUACAAUAUGGAGCGCAUCGCCUUUUCUAACGCCGUGCAGUAAUUGCUUUUCAUUCGACCAAGAUUGUGACAGUUUUUCUUAUUUCAAACCGGACUCGUGCUUUGUUCGCUUCACGGUCUUUUUGGGCUGUAAUUUUAACAGCUGUCUAAACAGUUUUUUUUGCAUGAGUUGACCUAAUAAAAAUAUAACUCAAA